AUGUCCAGCUCAUUUGAAAAGUCCGUCAAGGGCGCUACCAAGAUCAAAAAUGCACCGCCGAAAGCAAAGUAUAUCGAACAUCUCCUAAUCGCCACACACUCCGGAGAAGCUGGCGUCGGCGAGGUAUUUCGGGCCAUGCACUACCGGCUCAGGGAUUCGACAUGGACGGUUGUGCUCAAAGGUCUCCUGACAGCCCACUUGAUGAUUCGUGAGGGAGCCCAAGAAGUUACCCUCGCGUACCUCUCCAAGCAUCGUAACAUGCUCGCUAUCAGCAGCUUCACAGAUGCGCAGACACAGGGCCGAAACAUUCGGCGCUACGCCAAUUACCUCACCGAGCGAGCGCGCGCCUAUCGCGAGACGAAAAUUGACUGGGUUCGGUCCGGCGAAGGUCGUCUAGAACGGCUGAGUGUCGACAAGGGCCUUCUUCGAGAAACGGAGGCGGUCCUACACCAACUGGCGGCCCUGCUCAAGUGCGAUGUUUUGGACUCCGAGGGCGAAACCGACAUUACAAUCUCCAUCUUCAAACUGCUGGUGCUGGAUCUGCUAGCUCUUUUCCAGUGCCUCAACCAGGGUCUCAUCAAUAUCCUCGGCCGGUUCUUUGAAAUGUCGAGAACCGAUGCCGAGCGCGCAAUGGAAAUAUACAGGAGCUUCUCCAAGUAUACUGACUACGUUGUCCAAUAUCUGUCAGUUGCACGGCAAUACGAGUACCGCACAGGUGUCCAGGUUCCCAAGCUCACUCAUGCGCCCGUCAACCUCGGCCGCCAAUUGGAAGAGUACUUAAACGAUUCCGACUUUGAGAUCCAUCGCCGACAAUACCUCGCUGAGCAAGACUUUAAAAAGGGUGGAAAGAGCAAGGACGCGUUUGAUUUACCAAAACCGCCACGAUCGCCUACGGGUCGGGCCAGCAGCGCGCAGAACUCAAGCAACCCCUUCCCAGCACCGCCCAAGGAUGCGCCAAAGCCCGCAGCCAAGGGGCCUGAUCCCGACCUCAUCGACUUUUUCGGCUCUAUCGAGCAGAACCAGACGACUAUGCAGGUCAAUACUCAGCCCACUGUGCCAGGCCAGAACAUGUUCCAGCCUCCCCAACAACCACCACAGCAACUCCAUCUUCAGCCUACGGGAUUCAUCAACCACACGGCUAGCUUUCCUGCGGCCAACAAUCAAUUCCAGCAGCAGCAGAAUAUGUUUCAGCAGCCGAUGCAGCAGCAGCAGCCCGCACCUCUUCAGCCCAACUUUACUGGAGCUGGCUUUGGAGGCUUCACAACGCAACCGCAGAACAACUUCCAGCCCGGCUCCCUGGCGCCUAUUCCUCAGAACACGGCUACCAACUUCCAAGGCCAGAAUUUCAUGCAGCAGCCUCAACAGCAACAACAACAGGUGCCUGGACAGUUGCUUCCCAUGCAGACUGGUACCACCAAUCCGUUUAGACAAUCGAUGAUGAUGGCGCAACCAACCGGUAUGCAAAGUUUCAUGGGCCAGCAACCCCUACAGCAACAGCAGCAACCCCAACUACAGCAGCAGCAAACCGGCUUCGUGGCUCCCGCAUUGAACCGCCAGUCGACGAAUCCAUUUGCCAAAUCCGUCUCACCGACAAACAACAACUCGCCGUUCCAGUCGCCUGCUCCGCUGCAAGCCAUGCCUACCGGGACGAACCCAUUUGCUCGCAACGUCCCUCAGCAACAAGCGCCCCCUAUGCCUGCCAUGCCCGGCCAACAGCAGCAACAGCAACCCGGUGCGCUCGCCCCUCAGCCGACUGGCGUUACCAAUCCGUUCCGUCAGGGCGACUUUGUGAAUCACGCGACUGGCAUGGGCUGGCAGCACAACCAGACGCCCAUUGGCGGCGGCAUCGACCAGAUCCAGACUGUUCCCAUCUUCCCUCGCCCGGCACAGCAAGCUCCCUGGCAGCAAUAA